GGAGUCUGGGCUUAAAAUGUCCAGGACAUCGGGUCAACCCGACCUGGUACCGACCCUCCCGGGUCGGGGUAUAAAAUGACAGGUGGAGGCGGGGAAACCGGAGCAAACCCUAGCAGCCGCCUUCGCCCGUUCUUCUCUCCCUCUCGUCUGCGUCUCCGUCUCCUCUUUUUUUCCGGCCAGCAGCUGCUGUCCGCCGGCUUGCGCUCUCUUUCUCUCGUCUGGAAGUCCCUUCUCUGUUCUCCGGCCUACUGACUACCGUCUCAGACGCCGGCGACCGGAGUUCUCCGAAUUAAAGUAAGUACUUGCUAUCACCACUAGGAAAGAUGGAUCACCCAGAGGAUGAUUGUCGUGUUGAAGGUGAACAUCAUGGUAAACAAGACGAUGAGAUGCAUAAGUAUGUUAAUUGUGGAUUCCAGGAGGCUGUUGCACGUCAUGAGGAACUUAAAAAGUCAGUGGAGGCUAAAAUGGCUCUUCGUCAGAGUAACCUGAACCCCGAAAGACCUGACUCUGGUUUCCUCAGGACAUUAGAUUCCAGCAUUAAGCGCAACACUGCAGUUAUUAAAAAACUUAAGCAGAUUAAUGAAGAGCAGCGGGAAAGUUUGAUGGAUGAGUUGCGAGGUGUCAACUUAAGCAAAUUUGUUAGUGAAGCAGUGACAGCUAUUUGUGAUGCCAAGCUUAGAUCUUCAGACAUACAAGCUGCUGUUCAGAUCUGUUCUUUGCUUCAUCAAAGGUACAAAGACUUCUCACCAAGUUUGAUUCAAGGCCUCUUAAAAGUCUUUUUCCCUGGGAAGUCUGGGGAUGACUUGGAGAUAGACCGAAAUUUACGAGCCAUGAAAAAGCGCAGCACUUUAAAGCUCCUUUUGGAAAUUUACUUUGUCGGAGUUGUUGAAGACAGUAGUAUUUUUGUUAAUAUCAUUAAGGAUCUUACUAGCAUGGAGCACUUAAAGGAUCGAGAAGCAACUCAGACAAACCUGUCUUUGCUUGCCAGUUUUGCACGGCAAGGAAGGACUUUCAUCGGACUUCCACAAUCUGGAGAAGAAAUCCUUGAAGAGUUUUUUAAGGGUCUUAAUAUUCAAGCGGAUCAGAAGAAAUUUUUCCGGAAGGCAAUGCAUUCCUAUUAUGAUGCAGUUGCAGAACUACUUUUAUCAGAGCACAAUUCACUUCGCCAAAUGGAGCAUGAAAAUGCAAAGAUCCUUAAUGCAAAAGGUGAGCUGAGUGAUGAAAAUGCCUCUUCGUAUGAAAAGCUGCGAAAAUCUUAUGACCAUCUGUAUCGCGGUGUUUCAGCUUUAGCUGAGGCUCUUGACAUGCAGCCUCCAGUGAUGCCAGAGGAUGGUCACACAACUAGGGUCACAACAGGGGAGGACACAUCAUCUCCUGGUUCUGGGAAAGAUUCUUCUGUUCUUGAAGCAAUAUGGGAUGAUGAAGAUACUAGAGCUUUUUAUGAAUGCUUACCAGAUCUAAGAGCAUUUGUUCCUGCAGUAUUAUUGGGUGAAGCAGAGCCCAAGGCAGAUCAGGCUUCAAAGACACAGGAGCAACCAUCUCAUGGAAUCUUUUGUGCAAAGGACUUGGCACCUGAUUCAGACCAAGGUCAGAUGGCUAGCUCAGAUUAUGUGGAGAUUUCUUUGGAUUCUGGAACUUUGCAGGAGGGCAAAAAUGAGAAAGGGAAAGAUAAAGAUGAAAAAGACAAAGAAAAGACAAAAGAUCCUGACAAAGAGAAAGGAAAAGACAAGGAUUCUGAGAAAAAAGGAGAAAUUGAGAAGGAAAAAAUUAAAGGUCUUGAGGGAACAAAUUUGGAUGGUCUACUGCAGAGGCUUCCUGGUUGUGUGAGCCGUGACCUGAUUGAUCAGUUAUCUGUGGAAUUUUGUUAUUUAAAUUCGAAAUCACACCGAAAAAAGCUUGUCAGGGCUUUGUUUAAUGUGCCCCGGACAUCUCUGGAAUUGCUGCCAUACUACUCACGCAUGGUUGCUACGCUGUCAACUUGUAUGAAGGAUGUCUCUUCCAUGCUCUUGCAGUUAUUGGAGGAGGAGUUUAACUUUUUGAUAAAUAAGAAGGAUCAAAUGAACAUUGAAACAAAGAUCAGGAAUAUUCGGUUCAUUGGAGAACUUUGCAAGUUCAGGAUUGCUCCAGCUGGCCUUCUUUUUAGUUGUUUGAAGGCUUGUUUAGAUGAUUUUACUCAUCAUAAUAUUGAUGUUGCUUGCAAUCUUCUUGAGACAUGUGGUCGGUUUCUUUACCGGUCUCCUGAAACUACUGUACGGAUGGCUAACAUGUUGGAGAUAUUGAUGCGUUUAAAAAAUGUCAAAAAUUUGGAUCCUCGUCACAGCACACUAGUGGAAAAUGCUUAUUACCUUUGUAAACCACCAGAACGAUCUGCACGGGUCUCUAAAGUCCGUCCAGCAUUGCAUCAGUACAUCCGAAAACUACUUUUCUCAGAUCUCGACAAGUCUUCAAUUGAGCAUGUUCUGAGACAACUCCGCAAAUUACCUUGGAGUGAAUGUGAAUUAUACCUUCUUAAAUGCUUUAUGAAGGUUCACAAAGGAAAGUAUGGUCAGAUUCACUUGAUUGCAUCACUUACUGCUGGCUUGAGUCGGUAUCAUGAUGAAUUUGCAGUUUCUGUUGUCGACGAGGUCUUGGAGGAAGUAAGACUGGGAUUGGAGGUGAAUGACUAUGGGAUGCAGCAACGCCGCCUUGCUCACAUGCGGCUUUUAGGGGAACUAUAUAACUAUGAGCAGUUGGAAUCAUCUGUCAUUUUUGAUACACUUUACUUGAUUCUCGUGUUUGGCCAUGGAACUCCAGAGCAAGAUGUGUUGGACCCACCAGAAGACUGUUUUCGUGUGAGAAUGGUUAUUACACUUCUUGAAACCUGUGGGCAUUAUUUUGGUCGAGGUUCUUCAAAGAGGAAACUUGAUCGGUUUUUAAUUCAUUUCCAGAGAUAUAUUCUUGGAAAAGGUGUAUUACCUCUGGAUAUUGAAUUUGAUUUACAGGACUUAUUUGCGGAUUUACGUCCAAACAUGACCCGUUAUGCAUCCAUUGAAGAAGUUGAUACAGCUCUAAUUGAACUUGAGGAGCAUGAACAUAUUGUUUCUACUGAUAAGGCCAACAGUGAGAAGCACUCAGACACGGAAAAACCUUCAAGCAGGAGUGCAGCUGGUAGCGUCUCAGUGAAUGGACGUAGCCUUGCAAAUGGUGUUGAGGAAAAUGAAGUACAUGAGGUGAUGGCAGACAGUGAGACUGAUUCAGGGAGUGGCACCGUUGACCCGGAGGGACAUGAUGAGGAUGAAGAUUUGGAUGAAGAGAAUAAUGGUGAUGUAGACAGUGAAGAUGAUUAUGACGAUACAGGUGGUCCUGCCUCUGAGGAGGAUGAAGAAGUCCAUGUUAGGCAGAAGGUGACAGAGGUGGACCCGCAGGAGGAAGCAGAGUUUGACAGAGAACUUAAGGCUUUGAUGCAGGAGAGCUUGGAUUCGCGAAAGCUAGAAUUGCGGGCCCGGCCAACAUUGAACAUGAUGGUACCUAUGAACGUGUUUGAGGGACCCACUAAUAAAGAUCAUCAUGGAAGGGGAUUUGAGGGGGAAAGCGGCGAUGAGACACUAGAUGAGGAGUCAGGAGGACACAAGGAGGUCAGGGUGAAAGUUCUUAUGAAGCGUGGGAACAAGCAACAAACAAAGCAGAUGUCCAUUCCCCGGGAUUGCUCACUGGUUCAGAGCACAAAACAGAAAGAAGCAGCCGAGCUCGAGGAGAAGCAAGACAUCAAGAGGUUGGUCUUGGAAUACAAUGAUAGAGAAGAGGAGGAGCUCAAUGGAUUGGGUGCCCAACCCAUUGGAUGGACACAAAGUGGGGGAAGCAGAUUUUCCAAUCGGGGCCAUGCAUGGGAAGCACACAGUGGGAGGACUCCCGGGUCGCGCCAGCGCUAUCAGCAUCAUCCAGGCGGUGGUUCCUACUAUAGCCGAAGAAAGUGAGAGGCCAUUUAAGCUGCAGAACUUUGAGUGGUGCUUCAAUUUGCUGGGUUCGCUUGCCAUUUGAAACAGGUUCGUCGGUCCUGUCGGUACAUGUUAAAUACUGCUAAUUCAUCAACAAUCUGACGAAGAUGUGUAUCCGCAGGUGGGUCCUAUUCUGAGUCUCCUACUGCAAGUAAGGGUGGUUAUAUACAAUAUUCACUGUUGCUAAAUGUUUCUCUCUAUACCAACUGGAACUUUUGGAACUAAUGUAUAUAUUGUAAAUAGAUUUGAGGACAGGGUUGGUACUUGGAUCGAGGCUGCAAACAUCCAACAUUUGUGUAUUACCUUCUUUUUGUUUUUGGAAUGAAAAAAGAUAGCAUGAAACAA